AUGGGGCCUGUCUACCGUUCCUAUCGCUCUGCUGAAUGCAGUUGGGCUGCAUUUUAUAUAAAACUGGUCAACAUUUUUCGCUAUUUUCUACCGAUUCUUAUGAUUUUUUUAACUGAUGGUCUCUGGAAAAAGACAAACACAUUUCGAGAGGUUCCAAGUGUUUCGGUGACUGGCGAUUUUAUAGUUUACGGUUACGGUCACCAAAAAUCGAUAAUCUCCUCUUCAUAUCCAGUUUUAAAUGCGGCAGCUUCUGCUGAGCAAUUCUCCACUUCUCAAAUUUUACACCAUUUCGAAGAAGUGAAUGAUAAUGAAAAUAAUAUCCCAUCAUUCCAAAAAUCCAAUCAAAACUUGCAUAUCGAUUUUCAAAUGACGACUCAAAAUGUGUCAAUUAACACGCUUAUCUAUGCAUUUUCAUUAAAAAUGAAAUUGGAUUAUCACUCAAUUGUUGAUGCCGAACUAUUUCUAAUCGACACAAUUCAUCUAGCAUCUCCAACUUCAAAAGUCCAAACUACCGCCCGUCUUACUGUAGAUCAAUCGAUUCCAUUUAAGUCCAGAGAAAAAUUCAAAUUGAUUGAAAAACGAAGACAAGAUGUGCAACAUUAUCAGAUACAAUCAGUGAUAAAGAGAAUUGCAGAAGCACCGAUUUCAUGGAAUAUGGAAAGAAAAUCCACACUCCUGCUGUCAGCCGGCUCUCCUCCAUCCACACUAUCUCUCACCCUAUUUCUCUCGAUUCCAGAAAUGGAAUUCACAUAUAAAACUGGAUUUUGGGAACUCCUGAAAUGGUUCUGGAUACAGUAUUUGGCUGCAUAUUUCAUAAUUGACCAUAUUUUUGCAUCGCUCACUUCCUAUUUAUUCAGAAAUCGCGUUUUCUAUGUGAAUGAUGUUGUCAGGUGA